CAGUAGUCUCGGAGUUGGAAGGGGAUGAGUUGGCUUCAAACUCGGAUGAAGAGAGACGUUUCGAGAGAGCAGAAAGUAAGGCACAGCGCAGAAAGCGCCCUACUUCUUUCAAUUCCCGUGGUAGAGGUUAUAGUCCUUAUCCUUCUGCAACUUUCCCCAAUCCUAACAGCGAAUUACCCAAACAGGCCCCUCAGGUUCAGCAGAACCAGCCCUUUCGUUUUCAACCCAGGAAAACACCACUUCCAAACCAACAAUGCUACUUUUGCGGAGCCUUUGGGCACUGGAGAGCCACAUGUCCCCUUGCAGCCGCCCAGAGGUCAUCACAGUCAAGUAAUUUCAACCCACCACAAGGACUUCAGCCUACAGAGGCCUGCAAAAAGCAGUGAUUAUUCAGGGGAUCAGAACUCAAGCAGAAGUAUUAAAAGAAAAACUAACAUGGAUUUGCCACAGGUCUCCCGUUCAAUAUCAGAACAGCCUAGUAGUAGGUCACAGCUUGAUGUUUCACCCAUAGACAAAGUCAAACCUGAAACCAGAGGUAUUAGUACUGAUUUUGUACCUGUACCUAGUUAUCUUGACAGAACAGAUACGUCAGCGAGUAAGCAUAACAUUAAGGAAAAUCUUAAGAGGCACAUCUCAUUUUGGAAGGAUAUAGAAGCUCCAGAAUUCAUCAUUAGAACUAUUAUGGAAGGUUACAUCAUCCCCUUUGUGGAGUCGCCUCCCUUGUCUAUUAGUAAGAACAACGCUUCUGCUGUAAAACAUAGCGACUUUGUCUCUGAGGCUAUCCAGGAUCUCCUGUUAAACAACUGUAUUGUUGAAGUCGUAGACUUACCUCAGGUUGUAAAUCCCCUAUCAGUUUCUAUUAAUAGCUCUGGUAAGAAAAGGUUGAUUUUAGACCUAAGAGUGGUAAACAAAUAUGUUUGGAAAGAAAAGAUAGUCUUUGAGGAUUACAAGAUUGCUUUGGAUUUCGUUAGACCUUGUGGAUACAUGUACAAGUUUGAUCUUAAGUCUGGGUAUCACCACAUAGAUAUUCACCCUAGUCAACACACGUUUUUGGGCUUUUCUUGGUCAGUUAAAGGUGUACAGCGUUUUUAUUGUUUCACAGUUUUACCUUUUGGUCUAACCUCGGCCCCUUAUAUAUUUACUAAGUGUUUUAGGCCAUUAGUUAGAUACUGGAGAAAACAUUCUGUAGAUGUUGUAAUUUACUUAGAUGAUGGAUUUGGGUUUGCUUCGUCUGAAGCCUUAGAUGCUAGUUCCAAGGGCUGUGCUGCUUAUAUACAGAAUUCUGACCGGAUAUUUCAGUGUUUAUGGGACGAGGAUCAACCCCAUCUGCCACAUCGCUUACCCCCACCUGCCACAUCGCCUACCCCAUCUGCCACAUCGCUUACCCCCACCUGCCACAUCGCCUACCCAAUCUGCCAAAUCGCCUACCCCCACCUGCCACAUCGCCUACCACCAUCUGCCACAUUGCCUACCCCAUCUGUCACAUCGCUUAGCCCCAUCUGCUACAUCGCCUACCCCCAUCUGCCACAUCGCUUAUCCCCACCUGCCACAUCGCCUACCCCCAUCUGCCACAUCGCCUACCCCCGUCUGCCACGUCGCCUACCCAAUCUGCCACAUCGCUUAGCCCCAUCUGCCACAUCGCUUACCCCCACCUGCCACAUCGCCUACCCCAUCUGCCACAUCGCUUACCCCCACCUGCCACAUCGCCUACCCAAUCUGCCACAUCUCCUACCCCCACCUACCACAUCGCCUACCCCAUCUGCCACAUCGCUUACUCCCACCUGCCACAUCGCCUACCACCAUCUGCCACAUCGCUUACCCCCACCUGCCACAUCGCCUACCCAAUCUGCCACAUCGCCUACCCCAUCUGCCACAUCGCUUAGCCCAAUCUGCCACAUAGCCUACCCCCAUCUGCCACAUCGCUUACCCCCACCUGCCACAUAG